AUGGACAGGGAGACUUUCUUGGACAUGGUUAGGGAAGUCGCAAAUCAACAAAGGCAAAACCCAGGCGCUAAUAAUGUGCCAAAUCAAGAAGGUCAAACUAUGUUCGACCGUUUUAUGAAGCAAAGGCCUAACUGUUUCGAAGAAGCCAAACACCCUAUGGAUGCUGAGGCUUGGAUUGAUCACAUGGAGAAAAUAUUUCGAGUCCUUAAUUGUUCUGAGGAGGAGAAAGCUCGCUUUGGUAUUUACCGUCUUGAAGGUGAUGCUAGUACUUGGUGGAAAUCAGUGGUGGCUUCCCAUCCGGCUGGAUAUGAGGACACUCUCACCUGGAAUGUGUUUAAGGCGCAAUUUGAUCAAAGAUACUUUCCUGCUAGUGUUCGCGAGGAGUAUGCUCGUGAGUACCAGAAUAUUGCUCAGAAGGAGGAUGAGUCUGUCACAGAUUUCCAGAUUCGAUUUCAGAGGUUGGCUAAUUAUGCUCGGUCUAUUGCUGGGAACGACGCUGAUAAAAUCAUGAAGUUUAAAUGGGCUUUGAAGGAUUCCGUACGCAACCAUAUCAUUUCAAAUCGCUACGCUACUAUGGAUAGUUUGGUGGACAGUGCUAGAGAUCAGGAGCUCCAUCAGGUGGACUGUGCCAAACGUCUUGAGGUUCAGGACCAAAAGCGAAAGAGGGAUGAUGAUCCUCCCAAAUUCCAGAAUAAUGGAGAAUCUUCGGGUGGAUUUAAACAAAACAAUCAGAGGUACAACACCCGCAGUUUUCAGCAGAAAAAUGGGAAUCAGGGGAAUCAGCAAAAUAGGUCAGGCGGUCAAACCGAGAGUCAGGAUGGAGGAAGGUCUGCUUGUGCACACUGUGGGAAAAUGCACAGUGGUGUUUGUCACUGGAUUUCAAGAGCAUGCUUCAAUUGUGGUCGUCAAGGUCACACUAUUCGGGACUGUAAGGCACCGUUGAAGAAAUCGGGAGAUCAGAACGAUACUAAUAAGAAGGAUGAGCAAAAGAGUUCGGGACGUGUGUUUUCUCUCGGUGCAAAUGAUGCUGCCAACUCAUCAGGUAUGUAA